AUGACGAGAAAGAAGGUGAAACUGACAUUCAUCACAAACGACGCAGCCAGAAAAGCCACAUUCAAGAAGAGGAAAAAGGGGUUCUUAAAGAAGCUCACUGAGCUCACUACCCUCUGUGGGAUCGACGCCUGCGCCAUUAUCUUCAGCCCCUUCAAUUCCUACCCUGAUCUAUGGCCAUCCCUUGUGGGCGUCCAGAGGGUAAUCUCCCACUUCAAGGCCCUGCCCGAGAUGGAGCAGUGCAAGAAGAUGGUGAACCAAGAGACCUUCCUCCGCCACCGCAUUGCCAAGGCUGCCGACCAGCUCAAGAAGUUGCAGAGGGAGAAUCGCGAGAAGGAGAUCGCCCAUGUCAUGUUUCAGAGCCUUGUCGCCGGAGGGGCUCCACGGCCUAGUUUGAAUGUCAUUGAUUUGAAUGAUCUUGGGUGGCUGGUUGAUCAGAAGAUGGCGGAUAUUUGCAAAAGGAUUGAGCUUCUUAGGUCGGCGGUGGCUGUGGAAGAGAACCAACCACCGUGUGUGGCGACGGUGGAGCCGUCAUGGUUUAUAGAGAUGGUGAAUCAAGAAUGUGAUGAUCAAAUGAGAUUCAAUAUUGGGGAUGAUGUCAUUCAGCUUCCUACUUUUGGGGAGGAUGGUUGGCCAAAUAAUGCAUUUUUCCCUUGA